AGCUCGCUUGAGGGAGGGGUCUAUGCUUGGCUCCCGUAGGUCUGCAGCUGUGAGCGGUCCCUCAUCUGGCAACUCCUCGCGAAAUGAUGUCCCAGAUGGUACCCAGCUACGCGGCCGGCGGCGCCGACCUGGCCAGCAGCCUGGCUGAGCUCGACUUCUCUAUCUUGAGCGACUAUGAGGUGCCGUCGCCGGGCAGCCUGGCCCCGUGCGAGCGCUCGCCGCCGCACCUGUUCGGCUCGCCGCCUCAUGACGCGGUGGCUGAUGCCGACUGGGAGUGGCCCGCGGCGGGGGGCGCCCCCUCGCCGCCGGCGUUUGUCAAGCGCGAGCUGCCGGCUGCAGAGGGCUGCCGCAGUCUGCACGAGCUGGCGGCCGAGGUCGGCGCCACGCCGCGCUCACCGCUCAGCGACGCCGGCUACGCGUCCCAAGGUGGCUCGCCCUCCGGCUGCCGGCCGGCCAGCCCGCCGCCCGAGGACCACCAGCUGCUGCGCCAGUGCCUGCGCGACACCUCGCUGCAGCGCCGGCUGAACAUGCCCGCCUUCAGUCUGGACAUGCUGUACGCCGAGGCCGGACCGCAGCACACCAGCAGCUGGAUGAUGGAGCAGCUGGAGCCUGUGUUCGACCUGGCGCUCGAGCAGAUUCGCCAGGAGAAGAAGAGCGUCUGCGGGAUCCUCGGCAUUUCCCCCGACCCCACUGAGUGGAGCGUGGAGGAUGUGCGCGCCUGGGCGGCCUACAUGUGCCAGCAGUUCGGUCUGACACCGUCGCAGACCGACUGGCUGAACAUGGACGGCCAAGCCCUCUGCUGCCUGCGAGAGCACCAGUUCCUGCUGUGCGACCCGCAGGGCGGCGCGACUCUGUUCGCCAAGCUGGAGGCGUGGCGCUCGACGUGCGCGCGGCCGGCUGCGGCGCCGGCGAACUGGACCGUCAAGACGGAGCCGGCCGAGCUGAGCCCGCCGCCGUCGGCCGCACCCGCCGCCGACGACAUGGACACUGACGACGAGGAGGACCAGGUGACGGCGGCGCGCAGCGGAUCGCACAUACACCUGUGGCAGUUCCUGAAGGAGCUGCUGACGCACCCGCAACUGUACGGCUCAUCCAUCCGUUGGGUGGACCGCCAGGCUGGGAUCUUCAAGAUCGAAGACUCUGUGCGGGUGGCUAAGCUCUGGGGCAAGCGCAAGAACCGGCCGGCCAUGAACUACGACAAGCUCAGCCGCUCCAUCCGGCAAUACUACAAGAAGGGCAUCAUGAAGAAGACGGAGCGUAGCCAGCGGCUUGUCUAUCAGUUCUGUCACCCGUACAGCCUCUAGGUCCCAGGUGCUAAUGCUGGUGAGGCGGUAAGGCCUCGCUCAUUCCAGCACACCUCACCCACAGUUUUGUGAGAGUUACUCACGAAGUACCGUGUAUGCCGUUUUUAUGGCAUUUAUUCCAUACAAUUUGGUUAAGACUAGCCGUAAAAGUCGGUGCCUGGCAGGUCCACACCGGCUCCCGCGCCGUACGUUUAAGGCCAACAGGUAGCCUGAAGGUAAUUUCUUGUCUACGCUGUGCCCCCCUAGGAUUAAGGCGUGUCCCCCUUAUGUUGCCGUGGGGGGCGGCGUGCUGCGCCUGUCCUCGCAGCCUCUGGCGCGACAGCGCACCGCCGCCCCCGCCAAACCGGCGACCUGUUGCCCCAUUUAUCUAUGAUAAAUAGCCGAUGUACGUUCCAUGAACAUAUAGACGCUAUGACCGCGCGUGGCCGAGGGUGGCGACCGCGGCCGCGGUGGCGCCGCGCGGUCCAGACGCUCCGAGAGAGCGUGCGAGCGUGACUGUGGCCGGGCGGGGACCGGGCCCAGAGCUCGCGCCCGCUCCCCGCCCCGCCGCGAGCGACUGGUGAGCGCGCGUGAGGUUGUGCGACUCGGCGGAGGCGGUCCGGACGGGCGGCGCCACAAAGGCCGGCGCCGGCGAGAGAACUGUGUGUGAGUGUGUGACGGCCUGCGUAAUGUUAGUGUCGUGUUUGACGUUCGCAGCUGCCGUGGCGUUUGCUGCUGUACCUACACAGGUCACACAGGAACGGUAUUCCUGGCUGCAUGGUCACGCACCGCCGCAGUAUGCUGCGGUGCCUGCCGGGAGUGGUGGAUGUUUUACUUUCUCCGUCGCCCGCGUGAGGCUUGUUGGCCGCGGGAAAAAAACGCUGUGCUUUCUGUGCAUGUUUGGUGCUUGUACAGCCUGCAGUGUCAAGCGUUUCACUGUGCCGUUGUACCUGCUCGUUUUUGUUGUGUGACCUGACUGGGCGUUCCGCUGCUUUCGCUGCGUAUUUUUGUAGAAUCUCGUGCAGCCGAGCUGCGCGUUGUCCAGCUGUACGCGAGGGUGCCGUUCAGAGCUGUCUCCCGGCGGUGACGGAUGGCGCACCUGGGGCUUUUCGAUGCUGUGACGCCCAGCGCGCGCCAGCAAAUAAUCGCCCCCGAUGUAGCUUGCAACCGCUUUCGCUCUGCGUUGAAGAUGGUAUGCGGCUUUGGCAAUAAAAACAUAAACUGUC